AUGAGUAAAAGCUACACUUCAAAGCACCCAGGACGGGUGGUCUCCGACGCAGAGGAGCUGAAGGUGUUCUGGGAGAAGAAAAUCCAGCAUCACGCACGGCAGCUGCAGAGAGAGGGCGAGCGGAUCCGCAGGAGCGCCCUGGACAGGCUCCGUGGAGAAUGGGCUCAGAAGCUGGAGUUGAGGCACAGGGCGCUGCAGGCUCCCCUGGAGGCCGCCCCGCGGGCCUCCGGAGACAAGACGGCAGCCUGAGUCCUGCGUGGAACGGAGGCACACAGCCAGUCACGUGAGUUCCCCCGAGAAGGGACCCCCGUGAGGGGCUGUGUGUGGG